CAAUGGUGCUCAUGAUAGGCUAUAUAUUGAAAUAAUGACACAUUUCAUACUCUCUUUCAAAUGUUUCAUUUAUAGACAAAUAACAAAUUUAGAAAAAUAUAUUUAUAUAUAUUACAGAGGCCUCAUUCAUAAAGCAUAGGUAGCCUCUUUCGAGGCCUGGCUCGUUAUAAUUAUUGUACGUAUAUAAAUGAAUGAACAAUUUUAAUUCAAUACAAAUUCUAUUCAAUCAUAAACUGUUAUUAUAAAGAAGGGGAAAUUUACACUCCGGGUCCAAAGUUCUAAUUUUUAUGGAUCACUAAAUUUUCAUUGAAAUGACAUGUUCUAAUAUUUACAAAAGGCGCCUUUCAGUAACUCCGCAUUUAUCAUCGUGUGCACUAUGAAUGAAUACAGGGGUGGACCUAUUUUACACUGAUCAUAUUCGUUGGGUACGUGUGCAUUGCUAUUACCAUGGACACUACACAAUUUAGAAAAUGGCAGUCGGUUUUAACUCAGUCUGAUGAUUUCUCUUUCCAUCUUUUCUGUUAAUCAUUUAAGUUGUUCAGGACUAACUUCUUUGAAGUUUGAUGAGAGGUUAUUAAAGUUUCGAAGGUCGCGGUUCUUUUGCUCGUAGUGUAACUGGAAUUAAAUCAUGAAUUUUGUAUCUUAGAUGACAAGACUUGUAGUACUUCGUGCGACAUUAAUGUGAUACUUUAUUUCGUUUUCUGAACUUUUAAAAGUGAAUAUAAUAUAUUUGAAGGAAUGCAAGACGGAUCAAUCCAAUAAAAACAUCUGCACGUUUGCUGACGAGAAGACGUCGGAACUAAUAUAACUCUAGUUUGUCCCUUGUCAAUGUCCUUCUCCGUGUGAUCGCAACAUGAAGUUCAACGUUAGUCCAGUCCGAAUCCUCGAAAACAACCUCGUUCUCCCAACCAUCUUCAUCGUCAUCGUCCAUUAUGUGACGAUGUCGACUUCCACCUCGUCCGUGGAGUCGUUGGUGCUGGAGGACUUCCAUCAUUUAACCGACAAGCUCACUCAUAAGAUCAUGGAGAAUAUCGAGAAAUUGAAAGCAACCGACCCUAACUGGGGGCAGCCCCCUAAGGAUAUGGGAGAGGACGAUAUGACACAGGAACAGAUGAAAAGGAUUUCAGAAUGUGAAUUUCAUUGCCCAAAAGGGCAGAUGGAAGUGGAAAACGAGGAAUUCAAAAUGCCAGUUAAUAAAAACUGCAAGGAUUAUGACAGCAUGUGGGACCGGAUACCAGGUGCCUCGGGCUGUUGUAAGCGACAUCAGAUUUGUUACCACACCUGUGGACUCGAAAGAACACGGUGUGACAUGGAGUUUACUAGGUGUAUGGAGAACGUUUGCGAAGAAUUACAAGAGAAAGGAAUCAUUAAAACAGAGAAAGUUAUUGAAGCUUGUGUUUCUGCUAUGAGAAUGCUUGGUAUCAUGGUCAUGGAGCCCGGAUGUAACAUGUAUCCUAAAGCACAGGGCGCCGCCUGUCGGUGUGUCGACAAGGAUCCAGGUGAUGAUGUCGACGCUGAUAGCAGCCAGUCUGAUUCAAACACCUCAGGAAAAUUUGUCGACAACGAAAGGAGGCUAAAGGACUUGACACCGAAGGAAGAUGACAUCGUGAUUAAUGAUAAAGACAAUGAAAACAUAGGUGAUGUUGAGAUGACCAUAGCUAACGACGACGACGACGACGACUUCGACAAUGGUAUAGGCGUUCGUGUUGACCGGGAUGAGCUAUGAUAAGAAACUUUAUCUCAGUUCAAAAUCUUACUUAAAAAUCACUGAAUAAGAAUUGCAUUGGAAUUAGAUGGAUUUUAUGUUUAAAAAAAUAUAUCUUGAUUCCACAUUUUUCAUCACUUAUUUUUGUACGGGCGGCAGGGCUGUGUACCAUGCAGCCAAAAAUAAUUUUCCAAAUGCACUAGUAUUCGUGAUCUAAUAUCGCCCUCAUGCGAUAAGUACAUCGCAAUAUCUCAAGAAGUAUGAAUAUCAUAUUAGUUGACCGAAUUCAGUUGUACAUACGGUUAUGAUAAUCGGUAGUUAUGCAGAAGAGGAUUCUGUUUCAUAAUUUUAUUUAUUUAUUUUAUUUUUAUUGUUUUACAAUAAUGGCUAUUGCUGUGUUAUGUCGUGUAGUGGUGUCAUGGUCGAGUGCAGUGGUGUAAGGAGCCAAACAAUUUGAUGGAGUUAUAUGGGACAAAUUUCUAAAAAGCUGCGAGAGAGCGAAGCAAUCGAGCAAAAAUUCAGCUUUUAUUACAUGUAUCACCGAAAAAAUAUCUGAUUUUGGGAUAGAUUUUGAUAUAGUAUUCAGAAAAUUAUACCAUAUUUCAUUUUUUCCUUUCAUUUUCUUUCUACUUUUUUCUCUUGGUUGUGAAAAUGUUUGGAUGUCAAUGGUCCCUUUGCAUUAAAAUGAAUGAAAGUGAUUGUUGGUACCAACGUGUGGUUAUUUCUUAUAUCAAAAUAGUAAUUAUUAAAAUCAAUAAUAAUAAUUCAAAAUCACUUUAAGAGCUUGAAGAUCCGAAUCUAAAAUUUUGUUUUUAGUUUUUGACGGUGAUACAACAACAUGGUAAAAGUUCAUUGACCCCAUAUGACAUUUGACCUCCAUUAUUUGGAUCUUUAAUUUACACCAAAUGAUGGUUGGCAAGUUAUUAAUAUUUUAUCUGUUUCACGAAAUAUGUACCUAUGAUGCCAAUUCAAAAACAUAUAACCUUGGUAAAGAUAUUUUUGUUGAGAAACAGCGCAUUAUAUCUCGCUUAUGCUAUGAAGACAUCAAAAACCCAGAUGAGAAUACAUCUAAAACAUAACCUUUCAAUAAUUCAAACGAAUAACAUGAAGAAAGGGGAGAAAAUGAUAAGACAAAUAAUAAUAAAUGAGCAUACACAGCAAAAACUGUGGUGUUAUCCAGUGUACAUAGAGGACCACACCAGUUAUUUUACACCGGUGUUAAAUCUACAGUAUUAGUUUAACACCUAUAGGUGUUAUUACAACACCUUUGGUUGUUACAUUUACACUCUUUGGUGUUAUGUUCAAUAUCUAGGGUGUAAUUCUAACACCUCAUGGUGUGGUCCUCUAUUAACACCAACUGGUGUCUGUUUUAACACCACAGUUUUUACAGUGUAUGAUUGAAAAUAACGAUUAUGAACAUUAUGAAAACAAAAACAAAGUUAAAUAGAAUACAAUGUGUAAAAAAUCAUUGAUUACAUGUACCUGCAAAAAGGGAUUAGUACCCCCAAUAAAAGUGUAAAAUAUACAUUCCUACAUAGCGAAUGGUAAAAAAUCAAUGAAAUGUCAUUUUCUCAGAAAAUUGAAAAUGGUUUGCACUUUACUUUUUGUAUAUCAAUAGACAAAUCAUUUCACACCCGAUCUUGAAUAAAAAACAAAAAUAAGUCAUCAGGAACCAUGCAAAAUUUGAAAUUCAUGCAUUUUAUAUUACAUAACACAUGGGGCAGCUGCUCGUCUAUGACGUCACAAAUCCAAAACUUUGAACUCUAAUAACUUUCUUACUCUUUAACGGAUUUUCAUCAAAUCUUCACCAAUAUUUUUUACUAUUUUUCUGCUAUUUUUACAACAAAGUUUUCUUCAGGGUGAACUUCCCCUUUAAUUAAGAAGGAAUUUUACUGUAUAUUGUCACUUUACAUCCCAAACUUUAAAAAGCAUAAAUUAUAGUUACUGUUUAUUUUUGUCAUUGAUUCUUUGGGAAAUGUUGAAUAAAUACCUUGUACUCUUUCUCCUU